GCCUGCUGCAAAGUGAACUCAUUUAGGUGAACGGCUGUUGAUCGCAUUGGUGUACACAGGACCUGUGGUCGUAGAAGAUGAAGCUGUUUAUCGUGACGCUCGUCCUACUCUGUGCGGCGGCUGCGGACGCCCAGUGGUGGUCUUCAUGGUUCAGCACCUAUCAUGCCGACGACAGCACACCACAGGCGGUGUGGGACGGUUUAAAAGUGACGUUCGGAGUGAACCCGUUCGGAAACAACUUCGACAGUAUGCCGAGAACCACGGACAUGGCCGAGGAGAAGGGAUGGACACAGUUCGGAGAGAAAACAUGCUCAGCCGGUACGUGGCAGGGUUUCCGCUACGUCAAGAACAGCGACCCGGCCGUCAUCCUGCUGUUUGAUAAGAACGGCUACAUCGCUGGGAUGCAGAUGGGGGUAUACAAGAGUGAUUUGCCCUCUGACGGCAGCAUCCCGCCCUCCCGUAUCACUCCGCCAUGGAUAGAGGACAGGAGCAAGGACAUGUUACUACUCACUGCCUAUUUCAUCCAGCCAAGCAAGAUCUGCAGGGCCGGCCGUACGGACGCCGAGUAUCAGGCGGAAGGCACGGGGACGGGUCUGUACAUCCAGACCGGCCCGAACUCCACUUCAGACGUCAUGGCCGCCCCGCUCCGACAGGCCGACGCGGACGGCACGGACUGGACCAGGGGAGAGUGCUUCUGGGCCAUGGGUCAGCACUACUGGUACAAGUUCCGCCCCGACAUGAACUGUGACGAUUUCUACCCGGUCUUCCUGAUGUACAACGACGGGAGGCUGAACGGUUUCGGCUGGAACAUCAACACAGUCCUGGACAGCCCUCGAUACGAGAGCCCACCAACAGGCGCACUGAGUUUGUUCUUCGCCCAGAAACCUCCCUGUUUCGACGAGCACGUCCGGCGUGGCCUGUCUACCCUGCACAUCUACCUAGACGAUUCUCCAAGCUCCAACUUCUGUUAGAGAUGUCGGACACCAAUAGCCUUCAUAGCACG